GCGGCAGCAUGUUGGGGCCGAGCACGGUGGUCCGCAGCGGGGGGCUGCUCUCGGGCGCCCGCCUGGGCUGCCAUGUGCAGGAGGAGGACGUGGGGCGUCGUGAGACGUUCAGCGCCGAGUGGCUGGACCUGGAGCUCAGCACCAGGCCUGAGGAGGGGUGGUGCCGGCGAGAGGUGGACGAGCAGCGCCGGGAGACUCUGGAGCAUCGCGGGGAGGUUCGGGUGCUGGAGCAGCGCUCGCCCUGGGGGCUGCUGCAGUUCGGGUGCCUGGGGCAGCCCCUGACCCAGCACCUCCUGCCCUACGCCCGCACCCUGCCCCUGCCCCUCUUCGCCCCCUCGGACCUCCGCGGUGCCAAGGCGGGGGUCCCCCGCACCCUCUCCCGCUCCCUCUCGCACGAGGCCCAGCGGGGCUGAGCGUGACGAGGGACCUGGGGGGGGGGGAAGGGGGCAGGAGGGUGCUGGGGGGCGGCAGGGGGGCCCAGAUACCUGGGUCCCCUUGGCCGCCCCGAAGAGGCAGCGCAGAGUGGUGGGGGCAGGUGGGGGUGGGCUCCCUCGCACGGGGGACCCCACCCCACAGUGGGUGUCGUGAAAGCUGGUGGGGAUGGGGCGGCCACGGCUCGGGGGGCUCCCGGCAGCCGCGGGCGUGACUCAGUUUCCCUGGCAAAGAGAAGGGGAUGAGAAGAUGGGGAGCGCUGAAACCCACCCGGGGCCAAUCGGGGCCCUGGG